AUAAAUACUAAUGCAAAUGAUCUGCUUCUGAUCAUUAAAUUCGGCAAGGACAAGAAACUAAUUAUUUAUAAAACAGAAUGGAACCAAAUUGAAAAUGAGAUUGUAAUAGCAAGACGCAUACAACACAACACUGCCAAUAAUAAUGAGAAUCACGAAAAAAUUGAUAAUAAUUCAACUUCAUCAUCUACACCUGAUUCCGUUAUAUCAAACGAUUUUAUCUUACGACCUCCACUGAUCGGGUAG